GAGAAAGGAGGAGCAGGAGGUCUGCACUGGGCCUACAUCUGACGUCAGGAUCCUGCAGCAGAGAUAAGCUCAGUAUGAACUACAAUGUCCAUCCUUUUAAAAAGACUCACAGUGCGCCACAGGACAGACCUAAGGGAGAGCAGAGCAGAUAAGGUCGCCAGACAACUUAUACUUCCUACGCUUGACUCACUUUGUGCGCACGGUGGUGGCGCAGUCCAUGGCGCAGAUGAGUCAGUAUGAGGAGAGCAGAUAGGAGCCGCGGUGCCGCGCUGCGCGUAAUGAACGCUCUUCAGUGACUCGCCUGCGGUCGUGUGUUCGCAGAAAAGACAAAAUGGGAACAGCUAGUGAGGAUCUGCUGGUGACACUCCAGAUACUGCCCGGGUUCUUCUCCAACUGCCUGUUCCUUGCCCUGUACGACUCCGUGGUGCUGCUGAAGCGCGCCGUGUCGCUGCUCAGCUGCUCCAGGUCCGCCGGCUGCGGAGAGUGGCGCCGCAUGCUGACCUCCGAGGGGCUCCGCUCCAUCUGGAACAGCUUCCUGCUGGACGCAUACAAGCAGGUAAAGGUCCUCCGUUUCAUACCUGAUCCACUCAACUCCAAACGGUUGCUACAGCUUUGCGUCCCAACCUGUCGAACCCGCUGCCUCUGGGCCACACCUUCACCACAGUCUGGAGUAGGCAUUGUCCUCAUACAGGUCAAACUGGGCUGUGAGGCACCCAACUCCAAAGUGGUGAAGGUCCCUGACGGCCCCCGGUGGAGCAGCACCAUCAGCAACAUGACCAACGUCCCAUGUGGAACCAAGAUCCAGAAUGGGGAUGAGUGUCGCCUUUUGGAUUUCGAAUCAUCAGACCGCCCUCUGGUGGUCAACUUUGGCUCGGCCACCUGACCCCCGUUCAUCAGCCACCUGCCAGCUUUCCGGCAGCUGGUGGAGGACUUCAGUGAUGUGGCUGAUUUUGUGCUGGUGUACAUUGACGAGGCUCAUCCGUCCGAUGGAUGGGUGGCCCCCCCUAUGGGUUCUUGCUCUUUCAGCUUCCGGAAACACCAGAACUUGGAGGAGAGGAUGGGAGCGGCGCGCAAACUGAUCGAGCACUUUUCUCUGCCGCCACAGUGUCAGUUGGUAGCCGACUGCAUGGACAACAAUGCUAACGUGGCUUAUGGUGUGUCCAAUGAACGGGUGUGUAUAGUUCAACAGAGGAAGGUUGCCUACCUGGGGGGGAAGGGGCCGUUUUUUUACAGUCUGAAGGAUGUGCGGCAGUGGCUUGAACAGAGCUACGGUAGACGGUAGGAGGAAUGAAGGACUAGAACACAGGAAGUGCCUUUUUUAGUCUGGAAGUGAGAGGUGAUUUGGUUUUGUAUAGAAAUGGAAUUUCAAGGUAGCUAUAAUGAGUUUUCAUCCAGAGCUGCAGAAGAAGGGCAGUUUCUUUCUGAAAUUAGGCCAACUUUUCACACAGCACUUCGUAUACAUUGAGAUGAACUUGUUAAAACCUGUGAUGAUCCACAUUAACUGGCAGCACGUUGACUGAAGACAACCUAUGAAACUGACAGUUCAUGUGCUUCAUCUGCAUUUGUGCCUGCUGUUGCUGCUAGAGUCAUCUUUUGCAUUAUUUACGAAUUCAAAAAAAUUACAAGAACCUAUCUUUAAAAAUAGGUUAUACAUUUGUAGAUGUAAAAUUAUUUUAUGGACAUUUUAAUAUUCAGUGUUUUUUACACUAUGAUCUUAUUUUCCCUUUUCCCUGGUUGGAUGAAUCUGAGUGCUUUUAAAUAGUGUUCAUGUUUACAGUGUUGAAUCAAAGUAGAUUGAAUGUGGCUUUUUGACUCUGAUUAAUAGAAAAAGAUCAUUACAGUGUAAAGUAGAACAGACCAGUGUCAUAUAAGUACUAGUUCCGUCCAUCCCCUCAGUCAGUGUUCAGUAGGAGCUCAUUUGGAAGCAGCUUCAGUGUGUGGAUGGGUCUCAGCAUGUUGAGCUUCACAUAUCAGGCGACUGCAGUUUUUUGCUGUUCCUCUUAAAAGCUUCUCAGGUGGUAUGGAGAUAGUCCAGUCACAGGUUGAGAUCUGGUCCUUCAUUCAGCCAGGAUGUUGGUUUGGUUGUUUUAACCCUCAUGUCGUACAGCGGGUCAAAAUUGACCCGCUUUAAAGUCUGAAAAUGUGGGGGGAAAAAAUUUCUCAGGGAAACUUCUGAUGUCCACAAUGUCAACAUUUUUGGGAAAUCUUUGAACAUUUUUUGAUGGGAAAAAAGAAAUGUUCAAAAUGUUUCUUAAGAACAUUCACAAAAAAAUCAACCAAAAUACAGCAAAUUUCGCUGGAUUUUGGUUGAUUUUUAUGUGAACGUUCUUAAAGAAAAUAUUAGAAGUUUUACUGAUAUAUAUGGAAUCACUUUAGAUAUUUUUCGGGAUUUUUUGGAAGAUUUUUACUCAUUUUUUGAAAAGAAUUUUCUUGCCAAAUUUGGGGGAUUUUUUUUUUUUUUUUAAUAAAACUUUUAAGGAAUUAUUGGAAUUUUCUUCCUGAAGGUUUUGCAAAUUUUCAGAAAUUUGGGGAAUUUUUUUGCUGAAUUUUUGGGCUUUUUUUCAGACAAGGAAACAACAUUUUUUGGUGCCCAUAAAUGAGGACAACAGGAGGGUUAAAGCUCUCCUGGUGUGACUCUGACUACAUGCUUCAGUUUAUUGUCUGGCUAAAAACUGAAUCUCUCUGGUGACAGGUAACUUGUAUCAGAUUUUCCUCCUGGAUUUCUUUUGCUGCAUUCAUGUCACCUUUUACUCUGCUCCACUGAGACGUCCUCUGGGGUUGCUUCUCCUCUGGGGUUGCUUCUCCUCUGGGGUUGCUUCUCCUCUGGUUGCUUCUCCUCUGGGGUUGCUUCUCCUCAGGUUGCUUCUCCUCUGGGGUUGCUUCUCCUCUGGGGUUGCUUCUCCUCUGGUUGCUUCAUGCUGGAACUUCAGUUUUAUGAUGUGUAUUAUGUGGCUUACAGCAGACAUGGUAUUUAGCCUCUCAGUUUUGGUGUUCUCAGACCAUGAAAACAUUCUUCCAGCUGAGCUCAUAGUUUCCCACAAUCUGUCUGUCCAACUGUAGCCCAGAUGUUAUGUGAGUUUUUUUAGGAGCUUCUAGUUGCAGCCCAAACUCCCCCACUUAGCCUUCAAAAUCCAUGAGCACUAUUUCUUAAACUGUUUAUGGAUUUGUGUUUUUUGUUUUUUAGUGGUGCACUUGUCAAGCGUGGGGGUUAAAGAUUGGGUAAUCCAUGUUUACCUUGUCAUGUGUGUUAUUGUACUGCAAGCUUCUGACAUAUGAAGGGCUCUGGAGCACAGCACCAAGCUGUUUGUCCAUUACAUGUCUUUGACCGACUGCCUGUUCUGUCAGUAAUGUGUUCAGACAUGUCACUGGAGCUUGCACACGUUGAGUUGUGUUCUGACGUUUGUUGAUUGUGUGUGGACGUGUGUUAGAUUCAGGGCUGUGCAGUGUUCGCUAAAGGAUGACUUCAUGUCAGCUACAAAUACAGGGUUUCAGAAUCUCUCCAAAAGUUGUUCCUACAAUUGAAACCUCGUGACUAAUGAGGUGGUCUCCAUAUUAAUCACAGUUGGAUUGAUUAAAUUACUUGGUUGCACCACAACUAAUUCUUUGUAGAAAAACUCUACUCAAGACAAAAAAAAGAGUAUGGUUAUUUUGUAUAAACAGGUAUUAAGACCGAUACAAGUGGAGUCAUAGUCACUCAAAUAACUACUAAGUCAGAUGAAAGAAAGCAGCUGCUUUUGUGACCAACGCUUUUCCUCAAUUCCUUUUUUGAUGAGGAUGUGACUGACAUCACCUCAACCACAAAGGCACCCCCAGGUGAAGAGGUGAACACAAACCUGUGUUUCCAGUAGAUAAAAUUCCUUCUUUAAUCUUACUGAAAACAGGCCGAAGUUUCGGGUCCAGAGAGGACAGAACACAAACUAGGGGACAGAGAAGACACAAAGUUAGCAAUAUGCAAGUGUGUUGUCUGACUUUAUGGAAGAGAGAGAAAAAAGAGGAGAGGAGCCCAGUGCAUUAUGGGAAUCCUCUGGUUUAUAUAGCAGCAAUAAAUGUAGUGCAAAUUUCCCCUUGUGGGACUAACAAAGGAUAUUUUAUUUAAGCAAAUCUUAAAAGUAGAGAAGAUGACGACCUCCCAAAGCCAAACUGGGAUUGCAUUCCACAGCAGAGGAGCUGAUAACUGAAGGGUCUUCUUCUGGAAACUCUGGAACAACCAGUAAACCCGCAGUCUGAGAAUGAAAGACUCUGUUAGGAUGAUCUGGAACAAUAAGGUUUUUAAGAUAUGAUGGAGGUCAUUAAGAGUUUUAUAUGUUAGAAGCAGGGUUUUAAAUUCUAUCCUGGAUUUUACAGGGAGCUGAUGAAGAGAAGCUAAUAGGAGACAUCUGAUCUCUGUUCCUGGUUCUUGUCAGAACUCUGGCUGCAGCGUUUAGGAUCAGCUGGAGGCUUUUAGGAGAAUUAUUGGGACCUCCUGGUAAUUAUGAGUUACUACUCCAACAUCAAAGUAAGAAAUGAAUCAUCUAAUUUUUAAACUCUGACACAGAAUGUUCCUGAUUUAGACAACAUGGUGCAGGUGACAACAUGCUAUGGAGGAUAUGUCUGUUUCUGUCAUUUGUUUAAAAAAAUAAAUGGAAAGUCAGUCUUGAAGAAAAUGUGGAACUACAAAUGGCUCAUUAGGAGACAAUAUGAUGUUCUAUCAUGAGUUAUCUAUUAAACACAGGUGUGUUCAUUUUGACUUUUACCUGACAGAAGACCCUGUGCAUCUGAAACAUUACUUCAGUUAUAACUGGUGGUCUACCUCUCUGUCUCCUCAUCAUGCUAUGAAUGAUGAUGAGUCUUGCUUCACUAGUCCAUUCUGUAGUGCAUGGUAGUCUGGUGGCACCUCACUAUUCUGCUACAAUAUGGGGAAAUAUGACCUCUUGUUUGUUUGUAUUUCAUUAGACCGAUCACAGCCGUCAUGGGUGGAGCUAAGCAAAGGAUGCUGCUGGUGUUCCAGCAAAAUAGUGACAUGCAGAGAAGCAAACACUGUUAAUGUAUAAUUUUUGCAAAAAAAAACAAACAAAAAAACCCCAAAAACUAGCAGGGCUGUCCUGCUGCUUCCAGUAGUGAAAACAAUUAAAUCAAGCUGAUAGUGGAAGGACAUGACUGCCUGAAAUGAGACGUGGCUCAUACCCACAUCUCACAGCAUCUCACAAAGAUGCCCACUGUGCUUCAGUAUUUACAUUCCAAUGAAAGCAGGGAGAUGACUAGUUUUGAACCAUGAAAUACUAUUAAACAUCUUAACAUUAACAGACACACUUGCUGCUCUGUCAGUUCAGAUGUUCUGAACUCCAACCAUCUGCUCUCUGCACUGUGGUCUGUUAGUAUGAGCUGUGAAGAAAACAAUGAGACUUAAAGUGCCUUGUCAUCUAAAUCAAAUGUUUUGAUGCUAUGGACAGGUCAGGGGGCAUGGCUUUGGUAGAAUAUGAGUGUGAUUAACAACCAUGAAUCCACAAAAUCACAUAUCUGUGUAGUGCAAUGCAUGCAACACAAGUACAGGAAACAGACUGGCAACUUGCUGCUACCCACCUCAGGCCCUAUUAAAAGUGCAGAACACUUGGUAAUUUGCCUUUUUUUUAUUCAUUUGAAUUCUUCUGUAGAGAUCGCAGAGUGUAUAAAAGUCGCAUAAAUUCACUUUGAUUCAGAAUGACAGAGCAAUGAGACACAGAAGCCUCGACAUAUUCCAGUUAGUGACACGAGAACACCUGAGCUCUGCUACAAGGUGUUUCUCUUUACAUCUGCAGGAAGAAAUUACAUAAAACCAGAAAUUUAAAUUAACAAAAUAAAUAAAUUUCAAAUGAGAGUGAGUUGAGUAACUCAUGGAAAUGCAUAAGAACCCAUAGCUAGCUGAAAAUCCCUGAGAUUGUAGCAGUGAUGUGGUUAACACCAGUUCUAGUUGAUGAUCAGUUUCAACAGGAGAGGUGCUAGAAGGAGAUUUCUCUGUUUUGCUUUUUUUUAAAGCCUUUUGUGAACCUUUAUGUGUUUAUGAAUCAAAGUAGGCUUUAAACAGCCCUUUCAGGCAAUAUUUCCUUGAACAGUAAAUGAUUGGUACUUGUAGCUGCUUGCCCUCAGGUCAAAAACACACCCACUCAUUAACAUGUGUAGACAGGAGAGAACUGUACUGGUAGAACAGUACUAGUAGAACCCUAAGAAUUCAUGUCAAUGUGUGAAAUCAUUUCAAAAUCUACUUCUUUUUAAAAUUCAAGGACAAGGAAGAGCAACGAUUUCCUCACAUGUGCAAAGAAUGCCUUUGUGUUUCUUUACCUGCUCUGUCCUCACCUGUCCCAGGAAUCUCAGGACCCCACUCAGAACCCAUUAUUGCUUCCAAGAACAUGAAGAUUUCCCCCGUCAUGUCUUAGGAUGAGAUUCAAUAUAGAUGACUUUAAUUUUAUUUUACUGUUGAAAUGCAUUUAUUACUAUUUAAUGUAAAUGACAGCUCUGAUUCACAUCUUUGGAUUUAGAUUUUUGAAAAAAGGAAACCUUAAAUAUCUUUAAAUAUUUAAAAACACUUUAAAGAUGUGAAGGUUAAGGUUUGAAGGUCAGCAGGUUUGUGAGGUUAUGUGUGCUUGACGUGGGUAUAGAAUGUGCAAAGAGGAUCAUUCUGAAAUGACAGCAUGUGAGCUUCUUAGGACGGAUAGGUGGCUCUAGUCACAGAGACGAAGGUGUGAAAAUGAAAACCUUUGACGAAAGAGUCCCAGACUCAGUCUCUGGUUGGAUAGUGAAAUGCACCUGGUCGACAUGACGGAGCUGCUGCAUCUGUUUUCAGCAUCAGUCUGCUAAAAUUGUAUGUCUCAGUAACAGGUAUAGACAUCUGUGUUUUCAGUUUUUUGUGCUUUUAUAUUGCUCUUCAGUGUAAUGUUUAUUUUUAUAUGUCAAAGGAUAAAAAUAACAUAAGUGGAAAAUAAAAGUGAAUGUUUGCUUAUGAAA